ACAUUUUCCCAGUGGAUGCCUCGUACCACCACCUGACCACUGUACCAAUAUAAGACCACGUCGCUGCUCCUUACUCACUUUCUCAACUCUGACGAUAAACAAAAAUCUGCGAAGCAAAUGCAGGUGCUACCAGUACCAGUUUCUGCUUGUUGCACCACCAUUUGCUGCGCUUCCAACACCUCCAAUGUCAAUGUCUCCAACAAAUCCCUAGGUCGCAGAGACCUCUUCUUCGAUGGCUUUGCCUCCAUUUAUUCCCACACUUCUCCUUCCCAAAGCAGAAUUGAUGAUUGUGGAAGUGAUAAUUUAGCUGAUGAUGUUCUCCAGUCAAAUUUUGCUUUCAGUUCUAGGCGAGAAUUGCUUCGGAAUUUUGGGGUUCUUUCUUGUUAUUUUGUUUCGAAUUAUCUACCAGCUUAUGCACUUGGGGAUCCAUCCGUGACAAUUGAAGAAGUAACGCCCCCAGUUUUUCCUUCUGGGCCUCUUUUGUCUUCUGAGGAAAGAGUUGUUCGGCUAUUUGAGAAGAACACAUACUCUGUGGUGAACAUCUUUGAUGUAACAUUGCGUCCUCAACUUAGUACUUCAGGGGUGGUUGAGGUUCCUGAAGGAAAUGGUUCUGGAGUAGUCUGGGAUGGACAGGGCCACAUUGUCACAAAUUACCAUGUGAUUGGUAACUCACUUUCAAGAAAGCUUAGCCCCGGGCAACUUGUUGCGCGCGUAAACAUCUUAGCUUCAGACGGUGUUCAAAAGAGUUUUGAGGGUACAUUAGUUGGAGCUGAUCGUGCAAAGGAUCUUGCUGUCUUGAAGGUAGAAGCUGCUGCAGACUUGCUGAAACCCAUUAAUGUGGGACCAUCAUCUUCGCUUAAAGUUGGUCAACAGUGUUUGGCAAUUGGAAAUCCGUUUGGUUUUGAUCACACUCUCACUGUUGGUGUUAUAAGUGGUCUGAAUCGCGAUAUCUUUAGUCAGACUGGAGUUACAAUUGGGGGUGGCAUUCAAACAGAUGCAGCAAUUAACCCUGGGAAUAGUGGAGGACCUCUUUUAGAUUCAAAGGGCAAUUUAAUUGGGAUCAAUACAGCAAUAUUUACUCAGACCGGCACUUCAGCUGGGGUGGGUUUUGCUAUUCCCUCCUCAACUCUACUUAAGAUAAUACCUCAGUUAAUUCAGUUUGGGAAAGUUGUCCGAGCUGGGCUGAACAUUGAUUUUGCUCCAGAUUUGAUAGCCAGUCAGCUGAAUGUUCGGAAUGGAGCUCUUGUGUUGCAGGUUCCCCAGAACAGUUUAGCAGCCAAGGCAGGAUUACGUCCCACCACAAGGGGUUUUGCUGGGAAUAUCAUUCUGGGUGAUAUAAUUGCUGCAGUGGAUAAUAAGCCUGUAAGAAGCAAAGCUGAUUUAAUGCGGGUACUGGAUGACUACAGUGUUGGAGAUGAAGUGAUCUUGAAGAUUAUGAGGGAUAGUGAAAGCUUAGAGGUGCCUUUAAUAUUGGAGGAAACGAAUUCGUGAUUCAUAGCCUUUGGCAUUUGUAAAACGUUUCUAUUUCUAUUUUUUCCGUCAUAGCAUCUGGAGUUUAGUUUCGCCUAUUAACACAUUGAUUCAUCAAUGUAAAUUUUGAUAAAUUUCCUUGUAUAUGUAUAUGAAGAACUAAAAUACAUUAUCCAGAUUUUUAUUACUCUUA